AUGCCUUGUGUUCAUUAUAAGUUUCGAAGUAAACUCAGUCAUGACACCAUCGCGUUUGAAGGCCUUCACAUCACUCUGAGAGAGUUAAAACGACAAAUUAUGAGGCGGGAGAGACUGAAGCUCUGUGACCUGCAGGUCAACAGCGCACAAACCAAUGAAGAAUACACUGAUGAUGAAGCGCUCAUUCCCAACAACACGUCCGUCAUCGUCAGACGAAUCCCUGCUUUUGGGAUGAAAUCCACAAACAAAAGAUUUGUCAAUUAUCGGCCUGAACCAUCAUGUGGAUCUUCACAAACAGUUGGUGAUUCUUCACCAGUUUCACUGGUUCAGCUUCUGAAGACUGAGAAUCUAGCUGAGGCAAAUGCAUCAGAGGAGAACAAACUCAAAGCUGUGAUGUUCCAGUCCAGUCUGUGCUAUUACUCCAGCAGGACAGGCGUUUUGCUUCUUGUAAACGCAUACGGAAAUGCGCAGGGAUUCCUCGUAGUUUCCUGGUGGAGGUGGAUGAUCCGGACAGAAAGGGAGUCAUGA